AUUAUGAAUAUAUGUGUGAUUACAUAGGUCCUAGUGUUAUCAGUUAAUAUAGUUGUUCUACUUUUAUGGCCCACCCCCUGCCUUUCUGACGUUCACACAUAUUGGUCUCACAAGGCAGGAUGGGUUUGUAAGACCAAGACGUGUGUGUCCAACAGCGACACCACAGGCUGCAAGAGGCAUUGCAAGUUAUACACAUUUCCGCGAAAAUAUACACAAUGACGCGCCAAUUUUACACACAAGGCGGGAACUUCGGCGGGCUUGCAGUGUGGACCAGCCGGGACCAGCGAGUGGGAUGAACUUCGAAAAUGAGGCGAGGCAGACUAGACCCCAUUUGUGAUGCACAACAUCACAUAAGACUGAAGAAGGAGAAAGCGUUGUGUGUCUGGAGAUACAUCGGCCCCAUCAAAGGAAGAGGUGUGUUUGCAUUGGAGCCAAUUCGUAAAGGCUCAUUCAUUUUGGAGUACAGAGGAGUUUUGAAGAAGACUGAGAAAACUGCAGCAUGGAAUGAGUAUACAUACAUCUUCAAACAUAAAGGAACGGAAUAUUGCAUUGAUGCUUCAAGUGAAGAUGGGACACUUGGCAGACUCGUAAAUGAUGCUGAAAAGCCGAAUGCGAAAAUGAAAAAAAUAGAGGUGGAUGGUGUACCCAGUCUGUGUUUGUUUGCCAUCGUUGACAUUGAGGAAGGGCAAGAAAUAACCUAUGACUACGGAGGAGAAAACCUGCCAUGGCGUUCUUGCCAAAGGCAUCAAAUAUCCAAGCCUAUGGCUCCAACUACAGUCAAGAAAACUGUUCUCCACACAACAGUCGUCUCUCCAUCUACAGGCCACACACCAUUCCUCUCCUCCACAGUGCUCCCUGAAGAGCAGCAAGCCAAGAGGCCAGGCAGUUGCAAUGAUGCUUUUGAAGAACAGAGGGGAAGGAAGAGAAGAAAGCAAGAGAAUUCAGGAGGAAUGAGGAAGAGAGAUAAGGAUUGCAAGACACAUCGUGUUAUGAAAGAGAACUUGGGCUCAUUUGAAAAAUGCUCACUAUGCCGUGGGCCAUUUUCUUCAUUGAAGUGGUGGGGGCUAAGAUGUGAAGUUUGCACCACUGUCUGGCAUACAUACUGCUUUCACUCCAAAGACAAAAGACAAAAGACUUUGCCUAUGGCUCCAACUACAGUCAAGAAAACUGUUCUCCACACAACAGUGGUCUCUCCAUCUACAGGCCACACAACAGUCGUCUCUCCAUCUACAAGUCACACACCAUUCCUCUCCUCCACGGUGCUCCCUGAAGAGAAUGAAAGUGACUUCAGUGAAGAGGAGGCAUCAGAUGAUGUAUGUGAUCCAGACUACGUUCCAGGCUCAGAAAGUGACACAGAAGAUGAGGAACCAAUAAACAGCUUGGCGAACUCAACAUUCCAGGUUGCUGAAGAAUCACUAAUGGAUACCUCUAUGAACUGUAAUGUCACAGAUGACACCCUUGACACUGGACAAUAUUGCACCAACACAGUACCUUCAACCAGCGUUGUAAGAGCAGGACAAAAUUUCUGCUUCAUUUGCAAGGAUUUUCAUUUCAAAAUAGCGCGGCAUUUCAAAACUCACAUAAAAGAGAAUUCUGAUAUAGCAUAUGCACUUAGUCUCCCAGCAGGCUCAGCAACUAGGAAGAACCUCCUAGAGAAUCUUCGCAACAGGGGAAACUUCGAGUAUAACAGAGAUGUGCUGAAAAAAGGAAGUGGUCAGCUUAAAGUGAAGCGCAGAGCAAAGAAGGUUGAAUGUAAAAAAUAUGAAUAUUGUAUCCAUUGUAAGGGUAUGUUUUUGCGACCAGAGCUAUGGAGACAUAUGAAAAGGUGCUCCUCCAAACCAGAGGAAGAGGAUCGUCAAGGAAGAAAAAGGGUGCUUGGCCUAGCAUCUGCAAUCCAGUCAGAAUGUUCAAGCCCAGUUAAUGAUGGGGUGCUUAAAAUGUUAAGCCGUAUGCAUGACGAUGACAUUGCAAGUGUUAUUCGUAAUGACUUCUGCCUUCUUCGGUAUGCUGACACCCUUUUCAGAAAACAUGGACAUGACCCUUCAAAACAUGACUACAUCCGCCAAAAAAUCCGUCAGCUGGGAAGAUUCCUGCAAACCAUCCGCAAAAGGUCUUCAAUCCUAACCUUAGAGGAUGCCAUAAAACCAGGAAAUUUCAUGGAAGUAAUUGAAGCAGUGAAAGAAACAGCAGGAUUUGAUAGAGAAAAGAACUGUUACAAAACUCCAAGCCUUGCACUUAAAAUUGGACACUCACUGUUGAAAGUGAGUGACAUCAUUCAUUGUCAUGCUCUUAUGGCUGGAGAUGACAACUUGAUUAAAUCCUCAAAAGCUUUUCAGAAGCUUUAUACUGCAAAGUGGUCGGAGUACAUAUCCCACUGUGCCUUAAGCACCAUUAGUGACUUGAAAUAUAACAAACCAGCCAAAUUACCGCUCACUGAUGAUGUGACAAAAUUGAACAAGCAUCUUGACAAAACUGCUGAAUCAGCAACUGCUGCAUUGAAGGAGGAGACAACAGUGCAGAACUAUUCCAGCCUUGCAAAAGCUGCACUGACCAAGAUUGUCCUCUUCAAUAGAAGACGUGUUGGGGAGGUCUCAAAGAUAAAACUGAGGAAUUUUCUGGAAAGAAACAAAGAAACAAACACCCUUGAUGAAUUGGGGCUGUCAGAGUAUGAAAAGAAACUCUGCAACUAUUUUGAGCGUGUUGAACUGAAAGGAAAAAGGGAGCGAAAGGUAGCAGUGCUGCUGACACCUGAGAUGGUAAAUGCACUCAACAUUAUGAUUGAGAAGAGGAAGGAAUGUGGUGUCCCAGACCAAAAUGAAUACUUGUUUGCUGUACCAAAUUGUCUGACUUACUACAGAGGACAUCAGUGUCUCCGACAGCUCGCGGAUGAGUGUGGUGCCAAGAGGCCAGAGUACCUACGAUCAACUCAACUGCGCAAAGACAUAGCGACCACAUCACAAAUCCUGAACUUGAAGAGCAACGAACUAGAUCAGCUUGCUGAUUUUAUGGGGCACGAUAUAUCAGUACAUAGACAGUUCUACCGUCUGUCAGAGCCUACCAUACAGAGUGCAAAAAUUUCCAAGUUGCUCCUUGCACUGGAAAAGGGAAGGAUGCGUGAGCUUAAAGGAAAAUCUCUUGACGAAAUUGAAGAUUUCACAGAUGAUGAUGAUGAAGAUGAGAGUGAGGAGGAACAAACCAGCAACGAGGUAGAUUGUCCUCAUGAACUGAACGACAUGGACACUCCUGAAGCAGAGAGACUCCUUCCUGUACAUAAUGGUAUGAUCAAGUUGAAUUUUAAUAUGCAUCAUGUUUAUAAUAUCCAGUGCGUAACCUUCGGGAGUUUCUAGGCCUAUAGAGAAAGUCAAUAUUCAUCAGAUCAACAUGCAAGGACAGAGAGGGACAAACACAGA